UAUUUAUCAUACAACUUCCGGGAACCAAAUUGCGAUUUUAUUAUUGUUUUAGUUCAAUUAUGAAAUAGAAACUACCUUAAAGUUCAACAAAAAACACAAAAAUGUCAGAUGAACCAGCAAAUCUACCUCCAUCAUAUGAAGAUGCUAUAAAAGGCCAGCCUCCUCCUGGUGCCCCCUAUCCUACACCUUAUCCACAACAACAGUAUGGUUCACCUCAGCAGUAUGCUGGACCAACUCAGCCAUAUCCUCAGCAGACUUAUCCAGGGUAUCCCCAAGGACCUGGAAUGCAAGGCUAUCCAUCAGGACCUGGACAGCCAGGAUAUCCACCAGGGCCUGGAAUGGAAGGAUCUAAUUAUCCCCCUACAGGAUAUGGUUAUAACUCAUAUCCAACAUGUACAACUGUAGCUCCAACGACUGUAGCCCCUUGUGCAUAUACUGGUGCUAGUUUUGUUGUGACAUCAGAACAAAUGCAAGCACAGAGAAGAAAAAAGAUGAUCAUGAUGUUUUUUGUAGGAAUAGUUAUGAUCGUGGUUUUUAUCAUAGUUAUUACAUCUUUUUAAACAGAAUGUAUGUUUACAAGAUGCUGGACAUAACAGUCGAUCUGUGAAGAACAGCAAGUGAAACAGGUAUUGCUAUUCUGAAUAUCUGGAAAUAUCUAGAAAUAAUAGGACAGAAGAUCCAACAAAUGUUACCAGUGAUAUCAUUAUUUAGUGUAAAACUUUAAUUAUGUUUCUAUAAAUACAUCCCAGAUUAUAAUUUGUUAUUAACAAAAACAUAAACUCCA